AUGCCUGAAUCAGUAUCAAAACGCGGAGCCUCGAAGACAGUUGCAAAGAAAGCGCCCAGUAAAAAGAUAGGCAAAGGUGAAACGAGACAAAAAAAAACAAGGAAGCACACCUACAGCGUAUACAUCCACAAAGUGCUGAAGCAGGUUCACCCGGAUACAUGCAUCUCUUCCUCGGCUAUGAAUAUCAUCAACUCUUUCAUUGACGACACCUUCGAGCGCAUCGCCUCCGAGGCUUCUCGUCUUAUCCGGUACAGCAAACGGCUGACCAUCUCUUCUCGGGAAAUCCAGACCUCCGUACGUCUUCUGCUGCCUGGGGAACUAGCCAAGCAUGCCGUCUCCGAAGGAACAAAAGCGGUCACUAAAUACACCAACUCCAGAUAAAAACGUAUGCUGCACCAUAUUACAACCCAACGGCUCUUUUCAGAGCCAUUUAAAAUAACAGAAGGACGACCAACAUUUUUGUGGAUAGAAACAGAAAAUAGGUGCAGGAGGAGGCCAUUCGGCCCUUCGAACCAGCACCCGCAUUCAUCGUGAUCAUGGCUGAUCGUCCCCAAUCAAUAAUCCGUGCUUGCCCACUCCUCAUAUCCCUUGACUCCACUGGACCCUAUAACUCUAUCUAACUAUCUUAAAUCCAUCCCGUGAUUUUGCCUCCACUGCCCUCUGGCAGAGAAUUCUACAAAUUCACAACUCUGGGUGAAAACGUUUUUUCUCACCUCCUUCAAAUUAGGAGAUCAAAAAUGUACACAAUACUC